AUGCCGAAAAAGAGCGCCUUCUUUUGGUUUAUGCUCGAGCACCGGAAGCGGCUCGAAGCCAAAGGGCGCCGGUUCCGCUGUCUGAAGGAUGUCGUUCCGUUAGCCAGCGAAGUUUGGAAGAAAAUGGACACGCAAAAACGGAAAACGUACGCGAAACGAGCAAACGAGGAACGCAAUAACGGCAACGCUCGAAAGCUCAACUCCCUGGGUCUUCCAAUUUCCGCUGUCGAUAAGAUGGUGCACUAUAAAGCGAUGAAGGAACAAAUGCGAAAUGACCUAACGGAUUUGCAUGUUAUUUUAGCUAGCUCGAAAGAAGAUCUCGCCAGUGCAGUGAUCUUUAUAGUCGCGAUGCAAUAUUUUUGCCGCACCAGUAAAGGUAUGUACAUACCGGCCGAACUAGCCGUAGUCAAGUACAGCUUGGCCGCGGGCGUAAUGGACGAGCUGCAUGUGCAUGUAGCUCCCCGCAAAAUUCCAAUGGGUUAUGCGUACGCAGCGAUGGAGCACGCGAAAAAAACCCACCAAUUAAAGUUACCGCCGUACGCGUUGGGCGUUGAGGACUUUGACGAAAUCGCGGACAUGUUGAUCACAUUUCUCGCUGCGGACCAAAAAUUGCCGCUGCUAUUCACGGAUACGGCUGCUGUGCCAAUCGUGGAAAAUAUGCUUGAAAGCAUUCUAGAGAACCGUCCGCACAUGGUAAAUUCGUUGAUCAUUUGCCCGUUGGCACCAUUAUUUUACAAGCUGAUAACUAUCUCGCAACAGUACAACACAAGCAACCCUUCGCAUAUACCGUCCGCCGGUAUGGCGCAGGAGAUACUGUCUUUGGAUCCGCAUAGUCACACGAUUGGCAUCAGCUGCAACUACCACGAAGAACAGAUGAACACGUACAACUGUGCCCUGUCCCAGGCGAUUCGCUGGACGUAUUCGAUUUCAUUGUACUGCUGUAGGAACCUGGAUAUCGUGCUAAUUCCGGGCAACCAUGUACCGGACAGACAGUCUUGCAGACAAAGGCGUACCAAGAUGUUUGACUGCUCCAUAUCCGGUAAUACGGCUGAUACGACAACCGAAUGUUCGCUGAAUGACUCCAACGUUUCGGCUCUAUCCGCCAGCCUUGAAGAAGGACGGCUGGAGCGUUUUAAAAACCUAAGUCUUGCGGAUAUGCCAAAAAGUUUGUCCCCGACCGGCGUAAGUUCACUGAACGCGACUGGUACAACCAGCACUACCGGAUUUGUCCAGCAAAAGUGCAAUCAGUCAAGCGACAGUAAUUCUGCCGCUCAGUCAGGUGAAGUUUGUUCGACCUGGCAACGUGGGAGAGUCAGUACAAUCGGAGAGGAAACUGGAACGACCAAAAGGGACAAUACGCUAGAUCACACGUUAACAAGUGUCGCCAGCUCAGGCCAGAUAAAGCGGGGCCCGCACAACAGUAACCUUAAUUCUUUUAUCAGCGAAGAAGGCAGCAGUUGUUCGUUCGUUAACACACGGUCAAAAAGUGUUGGUUCGCAGGGCCUCCAGUACAAGGGGCCAAGGGGCCAGUACAUGACAAAACAUCAAAGAGACGAGACAGCGAAUCGGCCGCAGGCUGCGUAUGCAUUAAGCUUCCUCAAUGAAACCGAUGAAUCCGUCAAGGAGAAUGCAUCGAAUUGGGCAGACGAUACAGUCAACUCCAGCGCUAGUAGCCUGGCACAGUCAUUGCAGAAAAGCGCUAGUGGUAGCGAUGGAAGUUCCAAAAGUGUUUGUAGGUUCGGUAAAGAAAGAUGGGCAAAUACUGAUUCGCACCCGGAUGUCAAGAAAUCGUCUAGCCAGGCAGGUACUAGCGUCUCCAAUACGGUACAUCAGAAGCUGCAAGAACCGGAGCAAUUUCAGCAGCAGUUGCAGGAGAAGCACCUGCUGCAGAAGCAGGACAAAAAUACGGCGGAAGAUUUUCUAACACCACUAGACAAUCCGCGAAGUAGGUAUAGUAUCUCGCAAGAAACCGACUUUUUGUACGACUAUGAGUCAGCUACCUCCGUCAGCUAUCAGACAGGAAUGUUCAACCGGGGCUGUGACAAUACAGCAUUCCCCACUCUGUGGGAAACUUCCGCUGCAGGAUGUGGCCGUGGGAAGUCCGGAUACAACACGCAACAACGCGUACAGAUACGCGGACGUGGACGUGGAUUUAACCGUAGAUGCAAAAAUUGA